AUGCCUCCAGCAAAUAACCCAUGGGGAAAGAAAGCACAGCAGAAAAAGCCCUUAAACACGUUUCCUUCAAUGAAAAACAAUGAUGUCGCAAAUGACUCACCAAAAUCUCCAUAUCAAGAGACCCAAGAUGACGAGUUGAUUGCUCUCGCCUCAAUAUACGGUGAUGACUUUCGGCGUAUUGAAACACAUCAAUCAGCAUGGAAGAAAUCAGAACCGUCAUUUGAAAUAUCUAUCAAAACUUCUGACGAGGAUUUCUCAGUGACUUUAGGAGUCACCCUGACUCUGACUUAUCCCAAGUCGGCGCCAUUGUUGACUUUAAAGAAUACCGACGGUCUUCGGGAGUCUACUAAAUUCAAGCUCCAGAAGAUUAUCGAGACAUUACCUAAAGAACUGGUCAAGGAGGAACAAGCCAUGAUCAUGGAAAUUGUUACUGCUUGUCAGGAUGUUUUAGAGCAAGCUGCUGAAGCGAAAGCUGCAGGACGGGAACUACCCACUUUACAAGAAGAGCGUGCUGCUCAUGAAGCGGCUGCUGCUCAGAUACUUGAAGAUCAGCGUUUAGAAGAAGAGAAGAAAAAAAUGUUGGAAUCCCAGGAAGAAGAGAGAAUGCUUGGCUCCUUGGUGCAAGAUGAAUUGAAAAGACAACGUGCCAAAGCAAAAGAGACAAAGCGGAAAAAUCAACCUCCCCCUUCAAUCACCGUCUCCAAUUCUGGAAUUGGAAAGAUGACUCAUGAUCACGAGGUACUAGAUCGCCAAGUCUCAGUUCUGGAUGCUGAGGGUAAUCCGAUAUACUUUCAGGCGGUUACUGGUAAAUCAUUUAUUCGUCAAGGUCCUGUAUCUCGUUGCUACACCGUGAGACCCGCAGUCAGCUCUCACGCCCCUUUAUUGGUAUUGAAGCAGACGUUGCUUGAUACCAACUUGGGUGAUCGUAAUGUCAAGGGACAAUUGCAAGCGAUGGAAAAUGAAUUAGAAAAGCUCAGGAGCAUUAGACAUGACAAUAUCCUUAAUCUUCUGGAUUUCAAGGUAGAAAAAGAAGAGAAUGAUUCUUCCUGGACUGUCAGUACCUUAAGCAAAUAUGCUGAGAAAGGAUCCUUGGAAGAAUUCCUGGAUAUCGUUGAGAACAUGAAUGUCAACAAAGUUCGUUCAUGGACUAUAGAGCUACUGGAUGCUUUAAGAUUCCUCCACGAAGAAAACGGAAUUAUUCACGAGGAUAUACACAGUGGAAAUGUACUUCUUUUCCGAGAAUCAGAUGGAGUGGUCAGGCCAAAACUUGCUGAUGCCGGAUAUCAACGAAAGCUACAUGCUUUGAGUGGUAAGAUCACAAAAAGAAAAAUCGAUAGCUCUGCCAUGGCAAAAUCUGCGUACUGGUUUCCUCCGGAAAUUGCUAACUUGGGGGACGGCCUACGAACCGCGAAAACUGACAUAUGGGAACUUGGUAUCGUUUUCCUUCAGAUGGCUUUUGGGUUGAAUGUUACUCGAAAGUACUCAUCUUCAAAGGCUAUGCUAGACUCAUUGGACUUAUCUGAUGCUUUACACGAUUUUAUGCUCAAACUAUUCAAUCCAGAUCCGAAGAAACGACCGCGAGCUUUCGCGCUCAGUUCGUGUAAAUUUCUUGUUACUGAUGCUACUAUAAUGGAUGAAGAUACGUCUGCUAUAUUGUCGAGGAUCGGAUCAACAUCAUCGUUGGCACCCAUAACGCCACGUAGACCUCGACAUGAUUCUAUGAGUCUCACUGGACCCUUUUCAAGAUAUGCUCAUGAUUUUGUUGAAGAGGGUCGCUUAGGAAAAGGAGGUUUUGGGGAGGUCGUAAAAGCAAGACAGAAACUAGAUGGACAGAUAUAUGCCAUCAAAAAGAUUACCCAAAAGUCAUCUGCUCAGCUAGAUGAUGUACUAAAAGAGGCUCGCUUACUCUCUCAGCUCAAUCAUCCUUCCGUUGUUCGUUACUUUAGUACAUGGACGGAAGAAAUUCCAGACCUUUCCGAAACAGACGAUGAAAAUACAACAACGGAUGCUGCCACAGAAGAAUCUAUCAGCAAUAUCUCCCCUGGAGGAUCUGGACCCCAUGUCGAAUUUGCGACGAGUACAGGGGGGCUUGACUUUAUGUCAACCAGCGGAUACCAAAUUGAAUUCGGUUACGAUGAGGCAACGGAUAGCGAUGAAGAAUCCGACGAUGAUGAUGAAGACGACGAGUAUUCCGCAGAACCCAAUGGACAUGCUCGAAAUCGAGGGCAUGGGCGACUUGCUUUGGCACAUAGGGAAAGUAGAUCUAGUCCGAGACCCCCACGCCCAUUCAAAACGAUUCUAUACAUAUCUAUGGAAUAUUGUGAGAAGCGAACGCUUCGCGAUCUUAUUCGACGAGGACUAUAUAAAGAUAACGAGGAAAUAUGGCGUGUUUUUCGUCAAAUUCUUGAGGGUCUUGCCCACAUUCAUAGCUUGAAUUUUGUUCAUCGCGAUCUCAAACCAGAGAAUGUUUUCAUCGAUGGUGCUUCAAAUGUCAAGAUAGGCGAUCUAGGUUUGGCCACAAGGGGCCAAUACUCGGCAAUCGACAAGGUUUCAGCAUCUGGAAUGCAGAACAGUGGGGAUUUAACACGAAGUAUUGGCACUUUCUCAUAUAUUGCACCCGAAAUUCGAUCAGCAGUUUCUGGAGGACCGUACACUGGCAAGGUCGAUAUGUAUUCUCUUGGUGUGAUUUUUUUUGAGAUGUGCUAUACUCCGCUUGUCGGGAUGGAGAGAGCUCAAGUCAUCGAUGGUCUAAGGAAGAAGGAUCCAGUAUUCCCUGCGAAUUUUGACAAGAUUGGAAAAGCUGUCCAGACAGAUAUUAUCUUGUCCCUCCUUAACCAUAAUCCAAAAGAACGACCCUCAAGUUCCGAACUUCUUCAAAGCAGGAAACUACCAGUUCAGAUGGAAAGCGAAACAAUCCGUCAAACUUUAGCUGGUCUGUCUGAUUCAAAAUCACCAUAUCAUCAAAAGAUGAUGAGUGCUCUCUUCUCUAGACCAACAAAACAAGCAAAGGAUUAUGCUUGGGACAUGGGAGUUCCGACUCCUAGUGGUAACGACUUAUUGCUACAAGGGCUUGUCAAGCAAAAGUUGAUCUCAAUUUUUCGUAACCAUGGAGCUGUAGAAACUCCUCGAAGUAUUCUGUUCCCAUCUUCGGAUCAUUACGGUGUCAACGCUGUUCAAUUGCUAGACAAAAGUGGUACUCUUCUGCAACUACCUUAUGAUCUCACUGUUCCAAAUGCUCGCGCCAUCGCGAAACACCAGCCUCCUGUGGAAAGAUCUUUUGCUUUUGGUACCGUUUUUCGCGAUAAGCACGACGGCGCAUGUCCACAAACAUUUAGCGAAGUGGAUUUUGAUGUUGUAACUUCCGACAGCUUAGAUCUAGCGCUAAAGGAGGCUGAGGUUAUCAAAGUUUUAGAUGAGAUCGUUGCUAGCUUCCCGUCCUUACCUUCGUCGCAAAUGUGCUUUCACAUCAAUCAUGCAGAUUUACUCGGUCUAAUCUUUGACUUUUGUCGCAUCGAACCUAGUAUACGACAAGCUGCUGCUGAUACAUUAAGUAAGCUUAAUGUACAGCAAUGGACAUGGCAGAAGAUAAGAGCUGAACUUAGAUCACCAUUAGUUGGAGUUUCUGCCACAAGCGUUGAGGAUCUUCAACGUUUUGAUUUUAGAGACACCCCUACUAAAGCCUUUCAAAAACUAAAGGUAAUUUUCGAAGGUACCGAAAUGUUCGAAAAGGCAUCUUCUUCUAUCGCACAUCUACGUGAUGUAAUUGCAUAUACAAAACGGUUUGAGGUCCAGAGAAAGAUAUAUGUCAAUCCUUUAGGAAGUCUAAAAGAAAAAUUCUACAAAGGCGGAAUACUAUUUUCUUGUUUGUAUGAUAGAAAAGUUCGGGAUGUAUUUGCGGCAGGAGGUCGAUAUGAUUCUUUGAUCCGAGAAAAUCGACAUCACAAGAACAUCAAUGAGGAACGCCACGCUGUAGGCUUCAAUCUAGCAUGGGAGAAGAUGGCUCGACUUCCUAAAGCAAAUCCGAAGGGAUUCUUAAAGAAGCCUGAUGAGGAAGUGCAAGGUAUUUGGAGCACAAAGAGAUGUGAUGUACUUGUCGCAAGUCAUGAUGCAGCAAUACUAAGGUCAACUGGAGUUGAAUUGGUUUCGAACUUAUGGUCGCAUGAUAUAAGUGCCGAGCUAGCACGAGACUCAAGAUCCCCUGAAGAUCUCCUAUCCAAAUACCGAGAUGACAGUUAUUCUUGGAUUAUCAUCAUCAAGCAAGAUUCCGUGGUAAGAUGUAAGACUACUGGCAGGAAGGACGUUCCGGAUGCCGAUAUACCUUCCACGCAAUUAGUUUCGUGGCUUCGUGGCGAAAUGCGUGAAAGGGACCAGAGAGAAGGUACUUACAACAGAGCGAAAUUAUCUCGUCAACAUAGUCAGCCAGAUGCAGGACCAAGUGAUCAUGAACAGGAUGUACGGGUUUUGUUUGCCGGUACCAAGAGCAAGAAGUCGAAUAGAAGAAACAUUGUAGAGCAAGCUCAAGGAAGAGCUGCGACUCUCGUUCAUUCAUUCUUAGAUGGCCCUAUCGCUGCCGUUGAAACAACAGAUCACGUGAUGGAUCUAAUCCGCGAAACCAAGCUUUCGGAUCCGGAGUCCUGGCGCAAACUUACCCAUUCAGUUCCCACAGCCGAACGUCGCUAUAUAGGUGAAAUCCAUGAUUUAAUGAGUGGUUUAGCAUUCCAGAAUAAAGAUAAUACGAGGAAUGCUUUUGUUUAUAAUUUUAGAACGGGUAUGUGUAUUUAUUAUGAUUUGGGAGCGUGA